AUGAAUAGCGAGGCACUGGAGAAAGUUACUAUUAUACCCAAAAUUUGGCUGGAGGACACGUGUCAAGAUAAAGGGAAUGUGAAUCGGUACAAUAUCUUUCUAUGGAAUAACUCAUUAACUGCGGACAAAAAAUCUCAUACGAGAGAGACCACACGUUCCCGGAGAACUCAACCUGAUGUUGGUCCUAGUACGCGGACAACACGCUCGAGGAAAGCUCAGCGUGGGAACGGUCAGAACCCCGGGAAAAGGGAUGAAGAGCUCAAUCAUGGAGGUGCCCAAUCUGUGAGAGAAAGAACUUAUGAAACAGAAAUUCGCUGCCUGAGACGCCGUCUGGAAGAGGCGCAGCAUGGAAACGCUGAGUUAGAACGUGAGGCAGCCUCGGCCAGGGCCGCACAGGGGACAAAUACCCAAAAUCAACCUGAACAUGGAGUAAGAAGACCACGAGGCUCACAAACCUGGAGACAGGAAAAGACCUGGGAAGAACAACCAAGGGAAAAUGAGACACCCCCUGAGAAUCAGGAUGAACAACCAGAUGGGAGACAACCGGAAACUGAUGAACAAGAAAUCCCUCAUGAAAAUGAGGAGGAUGUUGGGACUCAACCGAGAGAACAGAGAUCACGUGCUAGAAGUCACCAACAUUCUUCCCAAACCCAUAGAGCGAGGACUCGUACAUACCCUGAUGGGGGAAAUACGACAAACUGCUCUCGGGAGGAAAGAAUAGAGCAUGAAGAAGCAAGUGUGACUUCGAGGCGAUCCAGAACCCAUAGUCGAUCAACUCAAAGAGGAGAAAGUACUCAACGAGCUAAUGAUUGA